AUGGGUUCAGACUCCGCGACGCAGACAGACCUACAGCUGCAGCUUCCGGCGGUCUCUCAGUGUGAAUCCUCGACCCAGGCAGAAUUACAGUCGUCCACAUCAGUGGUAGCAUCGCGAGCGUCCGCGAACAAGAAGGAGAAAGGGAAAAAUAAAAAGGAUGAGCAGAAGAGCGAUAGUGAUUCCAGUGACAGUAGCUCGAGCGACAGUAGCGCUAGUGAGAGUAGCUCGAGCGACAGUAGCUCUAGCGACAGUGACUCUACUGACAGCAGUGAAAGUGAUGAGGAAAAUGAAAGGAAAAUUAAAACAACCCGAAUAAAGAGCAAGCCGGAGGAAAAGUCGGUGUCAAAAGAGUCAGCGAAGAAGAUGAAGAAGGAGGAGGAAGAAGACGGACGAAUAGACUCUGUGCCCUUUUACUGA